GAAUCCACUACGUGGGGCAGAUGGCGGAGGGGACCCUCACGCGCUUCCUCCUGGACCAGCUCACGGAGGGGCAGCUGCAGUGGGCGCCGCUGUCGCCCUCCUUCGACGCGGUGGUGCUGGGCGAGCCCGGCGCCGGGCGCACCGUGCGCAUCCACGCCGGCGGCCGCCGCUACUUCGAGGGCCUGAAGCAGCAGGUGGCCGCCGCCAUCGACGCCUUCCGGAGCCUCCUGAAGGACGCCGUGAUCUUCAACACCUACGAGCAGCGGCUGCCGGCGGAGACGCUGGCGCUGCCGGAGAUCCAGGCGCAGCUCCGGCUCGUGAAGCACGGCGAGGGCGGCUUCACCGUCUUCGUGGGGCUCAACGGCACCAAGGAAGAGCUGGGCCUCGACUCCACCAACUAUUUUGUCUACCGGGGAAGUGACGUGGAUCAACUGAUGAGGCGCUACCUGGAAUCGUCCAGGGAGGAGGCUGCGGAGAACAUCCCCUUCUUCUUCAUCACCAGCCCCUCAUGCAAGGAUCCCACCUGGGACAUGCGGCAUCCCGGCAAAACCACCUUGGCCGUCGUGACGUUCGCCAACUACGAGUGGUUUGAGGAGUGGAAGGACGAGCCGGCGCAGAAGCGCGGGGACGACUACGAGGACGCCAAGAGAGCCUUCGUGGACACCAUCAUGAGGACCGUGUACAAGCUCUACCCCGGCAUCGAGGACCGCGUGAGCAAAGGCAGCGGGAGAUGCCCCGGGAUGAGGUCCAGGUCCCAGGACACCACAGCGGGGUCCUGUCAUCCCCGGGUGACGGUCAGGUCCCAGGAGACCAUCUCAGAAUGA